CAUUCGCCCGACUGGCAUCUGGCACCCUCUCCUUCACUGACUUGACAUCGCUGUUCUCUCUGUAUAAAAUAUGAACUUCAGCCCCGUCCUCACCAUCACCAAAAUUGACCCCGACCACCAGGCCGAGUACAACACGCGUUACAUCAACGCUCAGCUCGAUGCGCUGCACAAAAAUGCACAGAAGGCUAUCGCACGCCUUGGUCCUCAGCUGAAGGUGGAUGAGGUCGCUCGCGGUCAGGUUGCUCUCGCCGAAUACUACUACUUGAUUGGUGGUGGCACGACGACCGAGGAUGCCACUGCCUUCUUCCGCUUCGACACCCCCGAGGUCGUCGAGUUCAUCACCCCCUCGAAGCUCCGUCUGCGCCUGCGAGUAAACCAGGACAGCUACUACAACCCCGAGUACAAGCUGCUUCGGUCUGGGCGGAAUGUGUCGGUGGACUUUAUUCAUGUAGAUUUGGACGUCAACUUUGAGUCUCGCCAAGCGGGUUAUGUUCCCGGGGAGCAAGGUCUCCACACCAUUAACGUCGUGAUCCUCGAUCUCUACGGCGCUUCUGUUGUUUCACCUCUUAACGAGCCCCUGCGGUUCUACUUCGCUCAGUACUUCAAGUAUCUGCAGGACGAAGGCCACAACUUGUUGUACACGCUCCAGUACUUCAAGAAGACCUUCCCCCUUACCCCUCGUUCCCCCGCGGUCCGCGUCCCUACGCCCCUUCCCGAGCUGGACGUCCGCCCCAUCAACUCUCGUCUGCGCCUUGCGUGGUUCAAGGCUUCUUUGGUUGCUUUAAACGCCUCCCGUUCGCACACAAAAGUCAACCCCGAGUGUAUCUGCCUCUCGGAGUACUCCAACGAAGAAUUCGACACCCGUCUGCAUGUCAAGUUCGGUAUCCCCGAGCUUUCGAUCUCCAGCGGCAGCGUGUUCCUUCGUAUCACUGUCACUGAGGGUGUUCUGUAUGACAAGCGCGGCAUCUCCUGGAAUGUCAUCGACCGCAUUGAUGGCACCUUCACCAUCAAGGUCGGCGUCCGCCCUCACCUCAAUAACGAGCUCUUCUUCGCUCUCGAAGAGUUCAACUCGCGCCUCCUCAGCUGCUUCGACCCCGUCCUGCACCAUCGCCGGGACCGCCUGGUCAACUUCCUCGAGAAGUAUGCCAUCAUCUGCAACGACGUCAUCCUGAAGGUCAUGGCCGGCAUCGACGACACCGUCCCGCACUUCGACUCCGAGAUCUACGGUGGUAUCGUCGCCAAGGACGUCAACCGCCUCGGGCUCAUCAGCACUCCCCAUGUGCACUCGUUCGAUUACGUCCAGGUCCUCGACCGCUACUCCCUCAUUCAACAGCUGCAAACUCUGCACCAGACGGACACCCGCGGGACCUACACCUGGACGCACCGCGCGCCUGACGGGCGCACGUUCCACGCGCACUUCGCGCCGCUCCGCAUUCGCCUGCUGUCGGACAAUAAGGCGCUGAUCUGGGUUGUGCCUAAGGAGCUCAGUGGGUCUUCGCUGACCAGCCCCUUCGUGUUCAAGGACGUGUCACUGGCCUUUGAGGUGCCCCUCAAGACGUCCGACGAGGAGGUUUGGAGCAAGCUUUCUCCCACGUCUGCGUUCAAGUUCCACAUCCCUGACACGAUCCUCCAUCACCUCUGCUUGGACCUCGACCGUGCCGAGUUCGUCUUGGAGCUGUCGAACAUCGGAGAGGUGCUGUCUUUCGCCAACGAUGCGGACCUCCAGACCAUUGGAGGUUACUUGAACGUCAUCUGGAGCAACUUCUCCAAGCAGCUCGUCGAGAACGGCCAGCACAUCCUCGUCACCACGCCCGUCUACAAGGCCAACGCGACUCCGGCAGACUACAUCCUCACGACCGUCAAGGGCUUCACGUACUCCAAGGUAGAUGUCAACCGCCACAACUUCGACAAGGUCCCCGCCAGCGUCGAGCCUACCCUCAUCGUCGUCGGCAUGUGCAACCACAGGCAGUUCCCCAUCGACCCUGUGAAGGUCUUGUACGAGCUCGUCUUCGAUGGCGCGAACAAGAACUCCCUGUACGUUUCGCGGAAGUGCUUCUUGGAGGACCACAUCCUUCGUCUGUUCAGCCGCAUCAACGAUAAGCUUGCCAAGAUCGCCUUCCCUGAAGCUGGCGGCAACCUCUGGACGCAGGCUCUCUCGACCCUCGUGGACGCUCCCGAUGGCCGUACCCUCACGUUCAAGAUCGACGCUGCCAACAACCUGUACUGCGAGUGGACGCUCCGCAAGCAGGAGAAGAUCACGGAGACGUAUGACAUCUCUUGCGAGAUCGUGAACCAGCUCUUCAUUGAGAUCGGUACGCCCAACAUCAAGAUGGCCGGUACGAUGAGCAUCAAGAGCAUUCCCAAGGACGGGGUCUCCCACAGUAUGGAGGCCCGCGCCACCUGGUCGCCAAGCCUAUACUUCCACAUGGAGAACGGCUCCCUCCAGGUGCGGUGGGACGGCUCGCUGCCCAAAGUCUUCUCGUCGAACGACCCGCGCACGCGCGCGCUCGGCGAGGACCUCAAGCUCAAGGUCAUCUCCAGCGUCAGCUUCGCCGAGUGGGAGGACGAGUUCCGCAAGGCGUUCACGGGCCCCUGGCAGACGGCCGUCCCGCGCGCGGGCAGCUUCACGCUCGCCUCGCCGGUGAUGAACAGCAACGGCGAUGUCGUCUUCGAGACCUACUACCACACCUCCCCCGUCGAGCCUGUCACGAACGGCACCACCGUCACCAACGGCAGCAGCAUUCAUCUCUCUCCCGUCUUGACGAAGCACAACAUCCUGAACGGCUCGGUGCGAUCAGCUUAUGCCUGAUUCGCGGCCCAGCGGCCCAAGAGACGGCUCGGAUCAUUUCUUCGUCCGUUCAAUAACUUAACUUUCGAUCCUUGCAUUCACCUGUGUCUCGUUCGCUUGUUUGGCGGUGUUCGCGGAGAUCUCUUGGACUGCUGCAGCUAUGACUUACCUACCAUGAGAGUACAAUCAGAUAUGGAAUAAUUUCUAGAGUAGCACACCUAUGCAAUACAGUAUGCCUCGAGUCGCAUUUGCAGACACAACUGGUGUGAUUGACAGCUUGACAUUACACUGUUCACUUUCGAGCUACCUGAGCUCACCUAUCCCCUACUCUUAGCCGAUUCAGCCCCCUGCAGCGAUAAGUUGCACCAGAAACAGGUCAUAUUGUCCACCCAAGCGGAAGCUGUGUACGCGUAGUGUCCAGCUUUACAGGAGGCUCAGCUUCGUCACGCUUGCCCUGCUCACUUGCACGCGGCUCUUCCUUAUCCCCCUCCUUUCUCCCCAUUUCCUCUUCCCAAAACCAAUUCGGCAAGAAGCCUACCCUCUCCUCCCCUCCUUCCACAUCCCUCACGC